UAUGAAUUUCCCGCUUGAGAAACAAGCAUCGAUGUUACUCACUACGUUGAGCAAAAGUAUAAAUAAGAGAUCGGCGAUUACAACUAACGAACGAAAGAAAUAACAUGAUAUACAUCGAAAGAAUAAUAUUUGGCGAUUGUGCUCGUUGAUGAUCCUGAUCGAGGGAACAUACAUGAUACGAAAAUUGGUCAGGAUACCAUACAUCGAGAUGUCAGUAUUAUCAGCAACAACGUCAGUGACAAUGUGGUAUCCAUCUUGAUUUUUGGUGCGCGAAACCGCGGACUAUUGAGGAGAGUGUCGCGGCUAUAGGCUAGACUGCUGCGAACAGUUUAACUAUGUCCUAUGGUUUUUUUCCCCGAAGUUGAUUAGGUCCUCGUUGUGAAUAAAAGUUUUACACGGUGCAGAAUAGGGACUAUGCAAAAGUGAGUGAGGGCGCACGACUCGCGCCCUGGGAGGCGAGGCAUUUCUCGCCGUAUUUGUCAUACGAGUUGCGUGUAAAAGGUGGGCGAUACGACAACGGUACACACGACGCACCUUCGUGCUAUCUCACACGUACGUCGUUAAACGUUGCACGAAAUUCCGUACCUCGGGUUUUCUGAAAACUACGUCCUUGACUUGGAAGCAAACAGUUCGUGUUCCAUAUUCAGCUAACUUCGUUUGUAUUACCGAAGUUCAUCGUAUACGGUUGAAAACUACACAGAGAAACCAUGAAUGCUUCAGAACAUGGGUUUAACCCAGCCUUUAACAUGGCCUCCAUAAAACAAGCUUUUAACGAAGCAGUUGAAAGAGUUUCAACAGUUAGAAUGCCUGCGCCAACACGAUUGAGGGAUCUCAUCAGACAAAUAAGAGCUGCGCGUACUGCGGCAGAAGAAAGGACAGUUGUUAAUAAAGAAUGUGCAUAUAUACGCUCAACAUUUAGAGAAGAAGAUAGCGUUUGGAGAUGUCGCAAUAUUGCAAAGCUCUUGUACAUUCAUAUGCUUGGAUAUCCGGCUCAUUUUGGUCAAUUAGAAUGUUUAAAACUCAUUGCGUCUCCAAGGUUUACAGACAAACGAAUUGGUUACUUAGGCGCAAUGUUACUUUUAGACGAACGGCAGGAUGUUCACCUUCUAAUUACAAAUUGUUUAAAAAACGAUUUAAAUAGUUCACAGUUUGUUAUUGGUUUAGCAUUGUGCACUUUGGGUGCAAUUGCUUCGCCAGAAAUGGCAAGAGAUUUGGCAUCCGAAGUUGAAAGGCUGAUGAAAUCAUCGAACGCAUAUAUUCGGAAAAAAGCAGCACUUUGUGCGUUCAGAAUUAUUAGACGUGUACCAGAAUUAAUGGAAAUGUUUCUGCCCGCUACGCGAAGCUUGAUUACGGAAAAAAACCAUGGUGUGUUGAUAACAGGUGUUACGCUUAUCACAGAAAUGUGUGAAAAUAGUGUCGAUACACUGAAUCAUUUUAAAAAGAUUGUGCCAAAUCUUGUAAGAAUUCUGAAGAAUUUGAUACUAGCUGGAUAUUCCCCAGAACACGACGUAUCGGGAGUGUCUGAUCCUUUCCUUCAAGUGAAAAUAUUACGUCUUCUACGAAUUUUGGGACGUAACGAUAUCGAUGCAUCCGAGGCAAUGAACGAUAUACUUGCACAAGUUGCGACUAAUACAGAAACUAGCAAAAAUGUUGGAAAUACGAUAUUAUAUGAAACUGUACUAUCCAUUAUGGAUAUAAAAUCAGAAAGUGGUCUUAGAGUACUGGCGGUGAACAUACUAGGCCGAUUUUUAUUAAAUAAUGAUAAGAAUAUUCGGUAUGUUGCAUUGAAUACAUUAUUGAAAACAGUUUAUGUGGACACAAGUGCAGUACAAAGACAUCGUUCAACUAUUCUGGAAUGUCUGAAGGAUCCGGAUGUAUCUAUCAGAAGACGAGCAAUGGAGCUGAGUUUUGCGCUUGUAAAUUCUAAUAAUAUUAGAAACAUGAUGAAAGAAUUGUUACUUUUCUUGGAACGCGCUGACCCAGAAUUUAAAGCUCAAUGCAGCAGCAAUAUAGUAAUGUCUGCAGAAAGAUUCGCGCCAAACAAACGUUGGCAUCUUGAAACAUUGUUCAAAGUUCUUGUCGCUGCUGGAAAUUAUGUUCGAGAUGAUGUGGUAGCGUGCACCAUUCAGUUAAUUUCGGAGACACAAUCGCAGCAAGGUUUUGCUGUUACUGCACUGUGGAAAGCACUGGAGAAGGAUACCUUUGAUAAACAACCUUUGGCUCAAGUUGCAACAUGGUGUAUUGGCGAAUACGGUGAUUUAUUAUUGUAUGCGCCGCCAUCAGAAGAUAUUGAUGCUCCGGUCAAUUUAACAGAAGACGAGGUUAUUGAUGUUUAUCAAAGGUUGUUAUGGAGUCCACAAAAUACAGUUGUAACAAAACAAUACACCUUAUUGUCUCUCACAAAACUUAGCACAAGAUUCCAGAAGGGAAACGAAAAAAUUCGUCAAAUAAUUGAUACAUUUGGGAGCAAUUUACAUAUUGAAUUGCAGCAACGAGGUAUUGAGUUUUCUCAGUUGUUCAGAAAAUAUGAUCAUUUACGUCCCGCGUUGCUCGAAAGAAUGCCUCCUAUGGAAACAGCAAGGCCACAGGCCAAUGGUAUUAUUGGUUUGGUAAACGGCGAACCAGAACCCGAAGAAGAAAAAUCAACAGUUUUGGAAACAAACACACCAACAUCUGAUUCAAGUGCACUUCUAGACUUGCUUGGAACUACCGACUUGGGAAUGACGUCUACAGUAUCAAAUAAAAAUUCAUCUACCAGUUCGACUGCUGUAGUAAACAAUAAUGAUCUCUUGGAUUUGCUUGGAAGUUUGGAUUUAAGUGCACCAACACCUACAUCUACACUGCCACAGGCACAAACGCUAACACAAGUAUUCAGUCCCACUAAUACAGCCAACUAUUUAGUAGACGGUUUACUUAAUUCAUCGGCGGUCCAGAGUGAUAUACCUACCAUGAUUGUAUUGGACAAAGCGGGACUUAAAAUAACCUUCAGAUUAGAAAGACCACCAGAUAUUACCGAUCUGUUAAUCAUAAACAUGUCGGCUCAGAAUUCUGGAAAUGCAAUACUGACUGAUUUUCUUUUUCAGGCAGCAGUUCCUAAGACAUUCCAAUUACAAAUGUUGUCGCCAUCAAGCACAGUCAUUCCCCCUUCUGGACAAGUUACACAAACGCUAAAAAUUACAAAUAUGAACAAAGUAUCUCUAAGGAUGAGAUUACGUAUCUCGUACACUGGACCAGCUGGACCAGUCUUGGAGCAAACGGAAGUAAAUAAUUUUCCUCCCUUAGCAUUACAGUGACAACAUAUAUUAAGGAAGACAAUUGUACAUAUGCCUGUCUAAAUAAGUAAUUGAGUCUGAAAUAGACUGAAACCCAAUUUCAUCUUUUCAUUGGGUAAAAGGAAACAUAUUGGUAGGACACAUUUGAGAUAAAACUUUCCGAUUGUUUUAAACCGAUAUUUCAUCACACGUCGUACGAAUUUUAUGGGAUGCAAAUUCGUAACGAAUUUUGAUUUUUUCUUUUUUUUUUAACAUGCAUAAAAGUAUUUUUCAUCUGCUCACUGGCCAUAUUUUAAACUUGCGCGGAGAAUGUACAAUUUUUGUAAAUAUGUUUCAAUAUGAAUAUGUAUUUUAAUAUUUUUAUUUCAUGCUUCUGGGUGCAAUAGCAGAACGGAACAGUUUUAAAAAAAUGUUUUUUUUAAUUACACGAUAAUUCAGAAUGUAAUAAGAUUUUAAAGCAAAUAUUGUUGGUAAAUUGGUUAUUUACUUCAUCGAUUAUAUAAGUACACUUGGAAUUUAUUUAAGUUAAUGCUUGUUGAGCAGAUGGUAUGAUAUUUAAUUUGAAGUCUUUCAGAAUUUGUAAAAUUUAUUACUGAAAAUGAAGUUUUUAAAUUCCAAAGCAAAAGAAAGGAAUGUAAAAUUUGUCUUGUACUAUGCUGCAUGUAUGUGAGACAUGUAAAUAUUUUCUCUAAUCGAAUAUAGAAACAUAGAACAAUAAUAUUACAUGCAACACCGUUAUUUGAUUUAUUGUAUUUGUAUUCUUACGGCUCUUGAUUUAACGUAUAAUUUUUCGUGUAGGAUAGUUUUAAAAAAAAAUGGAUACAAAAAGGAUACAUAACAAAAUAUUAAAAUCACUCGAAAAGUGUUUGUCACAAGAAAAUGUUGUUGCCCAAUUAUCAACGACAAGCACUUAAAAUCUUGCAGUAAUAAUUGAUCUUUUCUACCUAUAUUUGUAAGUAAUAAAUGAACGCGAUUGCCUUGUAAAUACUUAAAUAAUUGCAAUGACAUAUAAGUGAUUAAAUUCAUAUUAUGCGGAGUGCAAUGUGGGAUUCUUUACCGUAUGUGUUUACGAUAUAAUUGCCAUGUCAAUAAUAGAAAAACUUUGCUUUGUUCAAAAAAAAAAUUGUUUUGAAUGAGAGGGGGGAAAGGGUUCUACAUAAAUGCAUAUACAUGUAGCGUGUACGUUUGCUAUACCUUUGAAUUUAUAUCUGUUAUGGGUGAUGUUUAUACAGUUUCGAAUGUAUUUGGAGUAUAUGAUGUCAUUGAAGGGCUGAAUUCUGAUUGUCGUAUUAUUUUAUACGUACAUAUACGUUUAUUAAGUCGCUUGAAAUUAUAUCAAACAUCGUAAAAAUCUGAAAUGUAAUUUUAUAUUGUCACAUGUCAUUUCAAAUCGUUUAUGAAUAUUUUAUUUAAAAUAUCGUUACAAUGGACAUUGAGAAAAAUUUUGAAUCGCUAUUAUUUCUGUUACCAAUCGAAGUUAAAAUUAUGAUUGCAUAACGUACAAUUUAAGAAAGAAACGUACAUAAAUAUUUUUCGUGUAGUAGUAAAAGUCUUAAUAAAAAUUACGACAGAAAAAAAGUAUUUUACAUUCCUUUUUAUUAUAGGACUUACCGGGGGUAUAUAAAAUGUAAGAUUUGAGUUAAAUGAAACUUCAUUUCAAUAUUUGUAAUUAGUAAAUUAAAAAUUUGUAUGUGUGAAAAUGACCUUUCAAAGCAGUAUCAUAUCUUUUUAUACAUGUUAUAUCUCUUUUAUCUGAUGCAAAUAUUUGACAAAGAAUGUACGUUUAAACCAUAUGGAAGAUUACGCAAAAUAAAAAUUGCGUAAAGCGUAGCAAUAGUGAUCCUAUUUACGAGUAUUCUUUUCCAAGAUUUUAUGUAAAUGAAAAUAAGGUACAGUUGUACUUAAUUGUAUUUAAUUUACCUUAUUGUAAUAAUAUUAUAUGAAUACGUAGUUUUUAAGCGCGAUUAGGUCUAAUACAAAAAUGAAUCUAGUAUUUUGGCUGAGUAAGUGGAGAAAUGUGUUUUAUUAUAUUUUUCUCCUGAAUUUCUCUUACGAUCAUAAAUAUUAUAACGUACCAGUAAGUAUAUUAUCAGUAUAAUUGUAUGCAUUUUAGCUCCGUCCCUUAUAUGUUGUGCGCUAUGAAUGCGGAGAUGUAUAAUUCUAGAACAGGUGGGUGUGUUUCUGAGUGGCCUUGUCCUAAAGUCUGUGACACAGUGUCAGCCCUUCGGUGGGGAUGUACUCUGCCUACUUGUUCUCAAUAUUAUAUUAGUUUUAUAAAUAUAAAUAUAUAUAAAUCAACUGUGAAGAUAUUGAAUAAUGAUACAAAUACUGUAUAUAUACUUUCUAGAGAAUCAAGGUGUGAAAAUAAAAUGUAUU